CUGGUUACGUAUCUGGUUAUCCGCCGAUCUACCUGGUUACGGUUUCCCAUUGCAUUGCCUAUCGCAUUGCCUAUUGCCUAUCAUGGAAGAAGAAGACAAUGCUGGAGGCAUUAUUGAGGACGAGCUGUAUGAUGUUGCCCAAUUCUCUGACGAAGGAAGGCGUGAAGCCCAUGGUCUUGAAGAAUUCGCAGAUCAUAUCUCGCAAAAUUCCGGGAUGAUUCCACUCUCAGCUCGUGACGAACAUUCAUCCUCCGAGGAAGACGAUUCUGACGAUGAAGAAGAAGAAGAAGAGCCACAACGACGACGGCUCCGGAUUGCUCGAAGGAAAGCUGGACGAGCAUUGAAGGACCAGCCUGAGUCUGAGUCUGACUCCGAAGACGAAGAUGACGGAGAAGUCGAUGACGGAGAAGUCGAGAAUGCCGAAGUCGAGAAUGCUGAAGAAGAGAAUGCCGAAGUCGAGAAUGCUGAAGAAGAGAAUCCCGAAGUCGAAAAUGAGCCGGUUGUUGAAGAGCCGGCUGCAGCGGCAGGAUCCCAGGAGGAGGACGAAGAAGAUGAAGGGGGAGAAACGAACCUGACGUCUCUCUACGCACGAGCAAAAGGUCUGGUUGACACCAAGGACAAGGUGAACACCAGGCGCACGAAUUCCCAGAAGCAAGCUGCAGUUUGGGAAGUGAUGAAGUUUGCCCACAUUCGACAGCAGAAGGACUUGGAGGAAUUGAGAGCACUGGACUUCAAAGCUUUCGAAAAGUUGGAGGAUGCAGAGACAGAAAAGAAGCCAUAUUGUGUUUGUCUCCUGUGCUAUGAUGAUCCUGCAGUCAGCUUGUACUGCUCCCUGGUGAAGCCGUCCUACAAGAAGACUGGUGGCCCACCGUACGCCCUGAAUGGUAAUGGCAAUAUGACAAGCCAUGUCCAGGCUAAGCAUGCGGAAGUCUGGGAGGCGAUGAAAGCAUUGAAACACAACUACAAAUACGAAGAAGGCCACGCUACUGGCAACUUUGGUGAACGUCUUGUAUGA